UGUAAACAUCCCUCAGCACUUUUUGCAGCGCAAACUGACGUGUUUUGGUUAGCGAACGUAAGGAUGGCUACGAAGAGAAUUUCAGUUCUGCUGUCUUCCUUGUUAGGCGUGGUGCUGGUUUGCAUCGUAUCUUUGAGUGAAGCAAGUAAGGCACAUUACUUCAAGCCGUUUUUCUUUUUUUAGGACGAAUAGUUAAGCAACAUAUGGGAAAGUUUUAAUGAAUGUGUGGUUCUUUAUCGGCUUUGCUGUAAUAUGCAUCUUAAUACCUGGUUUUUUCAUUCUGUAUGUUGUUUUAAAUGUAUUCUUGUUCACGGUAUUAUAUUUCAACAGAUGUACUUUUAAGUAAAAUUCUCACUAUCCAUGAAAUAUAUUCGAUAUAAACAUUGGUUUGCUUAAACAUGUACCUAUACAACGGCGCCAAGCACACGAUCCAAGAUCAGUUAGUUUUCUUGAAAGCCAAAGAGAAACUUUUUUGUUCCUCAGACAGUUUAUUUAUAGUUUGGCCAAAAGCAUACUAACUCGUGAACCUGAUCCAUUGGGGGUAAGGUUAAAGUGAUGUAAGAUCUAGAAACCAGUGGUAAAAUAAAUAAGCUAUAUGAAUAAGUUUGCUAAAAGUUCUUAAACGUUAUAGUACAGCUAUUUAAUCUAAGAUGACACGCCAAAAAUUUCUAAUAGGCCGUGAGCGAUCGAUAUGAGAAAGUAAAGGAUGACACGUAGAAUGUUUUUACUUGAAUCAUCAUUGCGGGCACAUAAAAAGCGCGCGUACUCUUGGCGCUAGGAGCGGCUCAGUUGCCUGUGACAUGCAAAAUUUCUUGCCAAGCACAAGCACAACCACGUAUUGUUUAAGUUAGACAAACCGUACAAUAGCUUACAAAGAAGAGCUAUAUUAAUUUCUUUUUACGUCAAACAAACUGUAGUUCGUUUACAAAGAACACAAAAGCAUAUGACAGAAGUUUGCUAAAUAUUAAGUUUCAGCUGUGGAAUGAAUUACGAUGUGUAGAUCAAACGCCAAACGGCUAAGAAAGCUGAACUGAUAGGUUCUUUAGAAAGAUCAUUUAAUUUAGCCAUUUUCAUAGACCCUUGUAAGGCAAUAUCCUGUGGAACCAUUGUGCAAUAAAUUAUGUGCGUGUAGAAAUUGUUUUUGUAAUGAACUACAGAGUGAAUUUCGAGAUUUAAAAACUGUCUUUUAUAAAAAAGAAUCGGUGACCUGUAAAGAUUUCCACGCUGAUAUUUCAUGUUCAAUUUGUUUCAUAACCUAGGUGGUGACCGUUGUCUUUUUACACAUAAAGAUCUUCCUUGCAAUGGUGAGUGGCUUUAACAUGUGAAAGAGAGGGGAGGGUGGGAGGGGGAAUGUAGAUACAUGGCUUUACAUCCCCUUGUGGAAUGGGGUUGGGAUUUCCUUGUAAUUUAGGACUGACGAGAAAAAUGAUUUUACCUCUUAUCAGAGGAUAGAGAAUGCUUUAAUGAGACUAAAAAAGGCGUUUAGUUGUCACCGACCUCAUUCACUCGUUGACAUCAUACGAAGCUCACUUAUAUGACUCAUACCAAGAAUAAACAUCCUCUUAACUCUUCAACUCCCAUUAGUGACCAAGACAGAAUUUCUCCUUACAACAUCAGUCCAAUAUCAAGCAGAUAAGUGAUGAGAAUGAAGAGAAAUAUCAAUUAGCGGAGUACGCUCUAUUAGUUGAUCCAAUACCAAAUUCUCCGAUCAAACAUCAUAAAAAUUGUAUGGCAGACAGUUAGGAGAAUUACUGCUGAGAUCUUGGGAGUGAAAGGGUUAACAGAGAUCCGCAGAAUCACUCUUGACAAGAGCCCAUUGCUUCUGCUCUCGAACAACUGUUUUUUUUUUUCGUGUCAGUGACACAGUCCUAUCUACCCACCUGCCUCAGUUUUGGCAAGAUAGUUCUGAAAAUGCAAAUUCAUUCUCAGCUUUGAAACCGUGCACAAGUACCCUUAGGCGGUUUAGUUUUCACGGGUUUCGAGUGAGGAAAUUCGUGCACAACUGGCCCAUGAAACUUUUGCAAAGGUAAAGUUUAUACAUACAUGUUUAGAGACAAAAAAAAAAUUUUUAACAAGUUUUCCGAGUCACGAUAAAAGUCAGCAAAUAAUCCGCGAACCGAAAAAUUCUCAAUUAAUUUCAUUCCGUUUGUCAUUUCCAGUAACAGGAAAAAUCCCUCUUCAACUGACUUGCAGCUAUCCCGGGAAAUGGUUUACCAUAAAAAGGGUUACCAGGAAGACCGAUCAAGGAAUUUGGCAGCAAGUUCCUAAAGCUAAAGGCGUCUUUGAAAAAGAUUGCAAGAAAAGUCGAACUGUUCAGAAGGGUGCCAACGGUCUGGAGUCUGCCAUUUGUACUAUCAGCGGCUGUAUUCCCGGGAUUGAUUUAUCGCAGGGGGUCAAAAUCGAAUAUUACUGUUGGGAAUUCGGUAAGAUUUAGAUCCACAGUUUACAGAAGUUCGAAUCAUGGUUUUUUCAAGGACCAAAUCAUGACUAUAAUGGCUAAAUUUUCGAGAUUUCCUGCCAGAUUUGGUUGUGAGCAAGCUUUGAUCCUACAUCAAUUUGUUGCAAUUUGCCCUUAGGCUUAACAUUGGGAAGAAGUUACCAAGCUGACGUAUCAUCACGGAUUCACAAUAUCAACCUCGUUCCCAGGGUGCUCUCUCUUUGUUUCUCGAGGGAACGAGGUUGUAGUACGAUGUGAUUAAAGGAUUCUGAUCAAAACGCACAUUACUAUGUUGUAUUUUUUACUGCAGAUAGCAAACUUGAAAAUUUUAAGCUUAAGAUUUCAAAUGCCUAAACAGGGACACCGCUGUUGUGUAAUAUUUCUGUAACCACAUUUUAAGUUCCCAUAGUCGUUUAUCUGCAUCAAACAGCUGCUCUCGAAAGGAAUUAUUUAUCGAUUCAUUUAUUUUUUCGUCAGAUCCUGAUUUAUUUGGAGGCUUUGGAAAGAGAUCGCACAUCCGAAACCCUGAAAUAUUUCAUAGCGCAAAGGAGAACUAGAGCUUCGAGACUAGCCACAUCAUUUAACCUCCAUGGAUACAAUUGUUACAAUUUUAAAACUAAUCAUUCUAUUGACCUAAAAUACUGUGAAAUGUGUAACGUAUCGAC